AAUGGAUUAAGUGAUAUUGAUAAAUUUACAUUUGAUUUUGCAUAAGAAUUAAAUAAUGCUGAAACAUUAGAAGAUAAAAUUUCAGUUAAGUUUGAAGUAAAUAAAGUGAUAGGGAAAUAUGAAAGAUUAAUAUUAGAUGAAGAUUACUAAAAGAGAUUUAAUUAUAUGAAAUAAAUUAUACAAUAGAAUUUGGAAAACAAAAAAGAUGAUGAUGAUGAUGAAGAACCUAAAUAAUUCAG